CCUUGUUCUGGGGCAGACGGAAACCGGAACAGAAAAAUGAACACUGCUUACCCCACAACACUUCACUGAAAGGGAUCGAGUCACGCACCGCCCUGUAUAAACCGUUUUAUUUGCGAUUGAUGAGACUUCGUCUUCUUCCCUACAUUUUAGACUCCUAAUUUGUAACUAAACAAACAUGUCGCAUCAAUCGCACGAAGAACCCCUUUCUGGGGAAGGGGAGGAGGAAGUUGACCUCUACGCCCCCUUUACCAGCGACACCAUCCUCGAGGUCCGCACAGGCAAGAUGAAGCUCAUGCCCGGUCUGACAGUGAAGUCAGCCAUUGACAAGUCACUGCACAACGAGCCGGUGCGCGUGACCGAGCUCGGCCUCGUGGGCGACGAGCAUGACCCGACGUUCCACGGCGGCAUAGACAAAGCCAUCCACGGAUACUGCUCCACACACUACGCAAGCUGGCGCGCCGAGCACCCCUCAGCAGCCGCGGCUUUCCAACCAGGCGGCUUCGGCGAGAACCUCGUCACGCGCCACCUCAACGAGCGCAACCUCUGCAUCGGCGACAUCGUCUCCAUCACCCGGCCCAACUCCAACCCCACCCUCAACCCCAAACCCGAUACCACCACCCUCACCCCCCUUGGUGGUGACGAUGAUGAACCCCCCGUCCUCCUGCAAGUCAGCCUCCCCCGCCAACCGUGCUUCAAGCUCAACCACCGCUUCCAGCUCAAGAACUUCGCCCCGCAGACCUGGCGCACGAGCCGCACGGGGUGGUACUUCCGUGUCCUCCAAACAGGCCACAUCUGCGCCGGCGACACCAUCAGUCUGGUCGCGCGCCCGCACCCGCGCUGGACCGUCGAGCGCGUGCAGGAGUUCUUGCAUCGCGAUACGGCGGAUGGGGGGGCUAAUGAGGAGCUGGCGGCGGUGGAGGAGUUGGGGGGGGAGUGUAGGGAUGUGUUUUGGGGGAGGGUGGUUAGGGCGAGGGCGAGGGUGAGGAGGGAGGCGAGCGGGGGUGGGAAGGGGAGGGGGGAGAAGUGGAGGGGGUUUCGGGUGGUGGAGAGGACGAGGGAGACGGGGAGGGUGGUGGGGUUGGUGCUGGAGGCGAGGGAGCCGUUGCGUGAGGAGGAGGAGGAGGUGGGGUUGAAGCCGGGGGCGCAUGUGAGGGUGCGGUUGGGGAAUGGGCUGGUGCGUGCGUAUUCGGUGGUCGGGGGGGAUCGGAAUCGGUUUCAGUUGGGCGUGGCGCUGGAUGAGAAGAGUCGCGGUGGGUCGAGCUAUCUGCAUGAGAUGGCCGUGGUUGGGCAUGAGGUGGAGGUUGGGGCCUUUACGGGUGCGGUACCCCUCGCCAGUGCCGCGAGUCACCAUGUGUUUGUGGCGGGGGGUGUGGGUAUCACGGCGUUUCUGGCGCUGAUCGAGCGCUACGCGAGCAUCAACCUCAGUGUGAAGCUGCACUAUGCGGUGCGUUCGGCCGAGGAGGUGCCGUUCCGCGAGCGUCUGGCCAAGCUGGGCGAUCGUGUGGUGAUCUACGACAAGGCUGCGGGCCAGCGGCUUGAUAUUCGCCGCAUUCUCGAGGACAUGCCGUGGAACUCGCAGCUGUACUUUUGCGGGCCGAAACGACUCAUGGACGAGGCCUCCAAGGAAACCAAGGCACGCGGCAUUGCGGAGGGGGAGGUGCACUUUGAAGCCUUUGAGGCGGACGUCUCGGGUGACCCGUUCGAGGCCGUCGUGGCCAAUAAAGGGGGCAAGACUAUCAAAGUGGGCGAGGAAGAGACCCUCCUCGAGUGCCUCCAGAAGGAGUUUGGCGACAUCGACUCGAGCUGCUGCGUUGGCAACUGCGGCACUUGCCGCGUGAGCCUCAAGGGAGGCCGCGUAGACCACCGGGGCACUGCACUCAUGGAAGAGGAGAAGGCCACGUCUAUGCUGGCGUGCGUGAGUCGUGGAAUCGGAUCUAUCACUAUUGAGAUCUGAGUUGGCAGGUGGCCGUUACAGCGCGCCGUGAGGGAUUUGCAUGAGCUUGUCCCGAUGACCGACCGGUUGCAUCCCGCAUUUCUUCGUUAGCCGCUCCCAGCCGAUGCUCCAUAGUGGUUGGGCUGGGCCUGGGGCAUUGGGCAGC